AUGGUAAACGAGACUGAUAAAAGAGAGUCUGUAAGACUACUUACUUUCAACACUUGGGGUCUAAAAUUAGUUUCCAAACAUAGAAAGCAAAGGUUGCGGGCAAUAGCAGAUAAAUUGGCUAACCCAUUUGAUGCAAGUGAUGAUUAUGACGUGGUUGCCUUGCAAGAAGUCUGGUGUGAGGAAGACUGGCAAUACUUGGACCAUGUGUGUCGAGAUCGGUAUCCAUUCAGACGUUAUUUCAAAGCCGGCAUAAUCAGUGGCCCAGGAUUGUGUGUUUUAGCAAAAAUCCCCAUCACAGAAACAUUCUUGUAUCGUUUCCCAAUUAAUGGACGCCCAUCAGCAUUCUUUAGAGGUGACUGGUAUGUUGGUAAAAGCGUUGCCGUGACCAUGUUUCAACCACUUUAUUCUGGAAGUAUGCCCAUAGCUUUGCUAAACAGUCAUAUGCAUGCACCUUAUGGCCAUGGUGAUGCAAGCUACUCAACUCAUAGAGCAUGCCAGGCAUGGGAUUUUGCCAAAAUAGUCCGAAUGUUGAAAAAAGCUGGAUAUGCUGUGAUCCAAGUUGGCGAUUUGAAUUCUAAACCAGAGUCAUUGCCGUAUAAAAUCUUCACCAUUGAGGGAGGAUUGAGUGACUCAUGGAAUGUAUUGCACGGGGAGAAAGUUGUACAUCCCCAUCAGGUGAGUCAAUUGACCCCGGAGGAACAAAUCUCGGUUGCCGGUGUGACAUGCAACUCGCGAUUGAACACUUGGAGAAGAGAAAGACCAAUGACCGAUGCCUGUCGAUUAGAUUAUGCAUUGAUAGACGCUAGUAGUAUUACUCCAGUAGAUGCAAAGGUCAAGUUUACUGAAACGUUGCCACCUCCGUUGAGAUGUUCAUUUUCUGACUACUUUGCAUACUGUGUUGAGCUAAAGGUGGAGCCACGAAUACUGCAUGCCAAUCAUGUUGAAGAGUAUUCGUCAAUAGAAAGGGAGUCUGUGUAUAAAGAGCUACUUGUCGAGAUUAAUAACUAUAGGAGUCACACUAUACCUUUCCAAACAAGGUGGAGAAAACUUCACUUCAUUUUGUCAAUUUUAGCUGUAAUUGGAAUGCAUGUUGCUAUCGUAUUUGUAUCAAACGUCGCUGGCUGGAUAUCAGUUUUGUUUUUAUUUGCAACAAUUGUCAUUUUGGCUACAGGAUUAUUGAAUGGAUUGAUCUGGUCUUUGGGCGUUAGAUCCGAACUGAGAGCUCUUCAGGAAGUGCAGAUGGAAGUAGAGGAUGCGUUUGUUUAUUCAAGGGAUCACCACGGUAAAAGCUAG